AUGCAUGUGGAUUCCGAUGAAGAGGCAGCUGCCGCGUGUACGGCGGCGAAAUGGAGAGCUCCACAGAGCGCCACGACUACAAAUCUCCCGAAUGCGGCCCUGGGGAAUAUUGUCACCAAAUUACGCAACCUGCGGGAAGAGCUUGUCAGCUUCGAUGAGAGUGUUCCAGAUAUUGUCACCUUCCGCGUCGACGGCAGGCUUUUCUCUGUGCAUCGCGAGGUGUUGCGGAAAGACCCGCAGUCUGUGCUCUUCCUGAUGGCAGCGACACAUUUUCGGCGUUACGGUGAUGGAAAUCCAAUGCGUGAAGUGAUUGAGAUUCCAGGCAAGAACGCGGCCCUCUUUGGUAUGUUAAUGAAUCUUCUACGUGGGUAUCGGAACCCUAUUCCGGAAGCAUACCGAGAGGUUUGUUUAGCAGAAGCACGGUUUUAUGGAUUGGAGCACUCAUGGGAGUCGCGUUACCCUGUUGCGGCCACCGGUCCCUUUCGCCCGUUCAUUUGCAGCGACAGACUUCUCUCGGAUGCUUUGUGCGCCGCGGCGAGUCCGUUUUACUCCAACGGGCUUCACUUCAUCACUUUUGGGAUAUCACGCUGUGAGACGGUGGGGGUGGGGGUUGGGGCGGAGGGUGCAUGCCUGAGUUGGAUGGAUGGCAUGGGCCAGUGCGAAGACUUGGCCCUUUACUGGAACGACGGGCGAGUGACCCACAAUUUUGGAGGCCUGUUCACGGAGAAGACGGGCUGCUCGUUUACCUCCAACGCGUUGAUCAAAGUUGAGUUGGACUGCGAGGAGAACAUCGUGCGAUGGUCGCUCUCGGGCGAGCAAAGUGUGGCCGUCGUUCGCCUUCCGCCAAAGACGAGUUUUGCGUUUGCAGCGGUGCUUGUGGGACCAUCCGAGGUGCGGAUAUUACGCGGGGAGUAG